CGCUAGCUCGCGGGGAUCGGCCCUGAGGCGGCCUCCGCCGCCGCCGCCGCCGCCGCCACUGCCACUGCCACUGCGUACCCGCCAUGGAACAUCGCAUCGUGGGGCCCGGCCCGUACCGAGCCACCAAGCUGUGGAAUGAAACAGUUGAGCUUUUUCGUGCUAGGAUGCCCUUACGGAAACAUCGCUGUCGUUUCAAAAGUUAUGAACGUUGUUUCACGGCGGCUGAAGCUGUGGAUUGGCUGCACGAGCUGUUGAGGUGCAGUCAGAACUUUGGCCCAGAAGUGACCCGCAAACAAACAGUUCAGCUGCUGAAAAAAUUUCUCAAGAAUCAUGUUAUUGAAGACAUCAAAGGAAAAUGGGGUCAGGAAGAUUUUGAAGACAAUCGUCACUUGUACAGAUUUCCUCCUUCCUCACCCCUAAAACCAUAUCCAAAGAAGCCUACAUGCCAAAAGGAUGUUAUUAAAUUUCCAGAAUGGAAUGACCCCCCACCAAGCACUUCACAAGAGAACAUCCCAGUGAGGCCAGUUGUGAUGAACUCAGAGAUGUGGUUCAAGCGUCACAGUAUUGCCAUUGGAGAGGUGCCAGCUUGCCGUCUCGUCUACCGCAGACAGCUGACAGAGGCCAACGUAGAAGAGAUAUGGAAGUCUAUGACAUUAGCAUAUUUACAGAAAGUCCUUGGCCUGGAUUCUUUGGAAGAAGUCUUAGACAUUAAACUGGUUAACUCCAAGUUCAUCAUCCAUAAUGUGUAUAGUGUGAGCAAGCAGGGCGUUGUCAUCCUUGAUGACAAGUCAAAAGAGCUUCCUCAUUGGGUACUGUCAGCUAUGAAGUGUUUGGCAAAUUGGCCUAAUUGUUCAGAUUUGAAGCAGCCUAUGUAUUUAGGAUUUGAAAAAGAUGUCUUUAAAACCAUAGCAGAUUACUAUGGUCACUUGAAAGAGCCUCUACUUACAUUUCAUCUUUUUGAUGCCUUUGUCAGUGUAUUAGGUUUGUUACAGAAAGAGAAAAUGGCUAUUGAAGCAUUUCAGGUUUGCUGCCUUCUCCUGCCACCUGAAAACAGGAGAAAGUUACAGCUCUUGAUGAGGAUGAUGGCAAGGAUCUGCCUAAAUAAGGAGAUGCCACCCCUAUGUGAUGGCUUUGGGACCCGAACACUGAUGGUUCAGACAUUUUCCCGUUGCAUCUUGUGUUCCAAGGAUGAAGUAGAUUUGGAUGAGUUAUUAGCUGCUAGGUUGGUGACGUUUCUGAUGGACAAUUACCAAGAGAUUCUGAAAGUCCCUUUGGCCUUGCAGACCUCCAUAGAGGACCGUGUGGCUCAUCUACGAAGGGUCCAGAUAAAAUACCCAGGAGCCGAUAUGGAUAUCACUUUAUCUGCCCCGUCAUUUUGCCGUCAGAUCAGUCCAGAGGAAUUUGAAUACCAGAGAGCAUACGGCUCUCAGGAGCCUCUGGCAGCUUUGUUGGAGGAAGUCAUAACAGAUGCAAAACUCUCCAGCAAAGAGAAGAAGAAAAAAUUGAAGCAGUUUCAAAAAUCCUAUCCUGCAGUCUACCAAGAGCGAUUUCCUACACCAGAAAGUGAAGCACUUCUGUUUCCUGAGAAACCGAAACCGAAACCACAGCUGCUAAUGUGGGCACUAAAAAACCCUUUCCAACCAUUUCAAAGAACUAGAAGUUUUCGGAUGUAGUAGUACUUCCAUAGCUGUUAGAGAGCUCUGUUGUUGCCUUGAGCAAAUGGAUGGUUAGAGAAGGACUAUGGUGGUGGAAGAGGAAGAGCAGACAAUAGAGACUACUACUGAAAUAUAAAGUGACUGGACUUCCAAAAAUGUUGAGCCAUUAUCAGUAUUUUUGUAAAACUUAGUGCUAUUUUUGAAGUGUAAAAAUCAUUUAAAAUUUAGACAAAUAUACAGGGGUAAUGUUAAUGUGUUUGUAAUUGUUACAAAAUUUAAGGAUUUUUAUUUUUUUAUUCGUUGUUUUUCAUGAUGUUAAUAAGAUAAUUAUGUGUACAUUUAGUUACUGAUGUCUUUGUUAUAACCAAACCUUAAAAAUAGUGUAUAUACUUGAGUAAGAAAGACAGUGGGGUACUGUUACUGUGAUGCUGUUGAUAUCAUAGCUUAAUAGUUCUGGUUUCUCUUUUGUAAAAUCUCAUUUUCAACGUUGCACCAAGAUUCUUAAUGUCCGGUAUUAUGAUGGCUGUGUCUUUCAUUGAGGAUUCAUUGGAUGUUAUAGCAGAUAUAACUAAAGCUGGUUCUUUAAUAACAUAUAUAUUAGCUGGUGUUUACCUCUAAGUGGAGAAGAUGUUCAUUUUCCUGCAGUGGUAUAAUUUCAGUCUUGGCUGAAAAUGGAGAAUUGAACUGAAUAAACUUUUUUGGUCCUGAUUGUAAGUCAGAUCUUUGUUAUUUCAUGAAAAACACAAAUGGAUUAAGUAAAAUGAGACUACUUCCUUUAUGUUUCCCCCAACUCCCUCAUCCUUUUGAAAAUAAAUGGGCUGUAAAUAAAUACUGUAUUUUGUUUCAA